CUGGUAAAUGUAAUGCGAUCUAGAUCAAAGUGAAAACUUGUCCCUUUUCACGUAGUCAUCGAUAUUGAUCUUGAUGCUUCGUAAUCAGAGUACACCCCAUUGCGUUCAGUCGCCAUCAGCUCAUGGGGAUAGUGGCGGUGUUGAUGAGUGUCCCUCGACACUACUACACUCGCAGCCGAACGUGAACAAAAGUCACUCGACUGGUCGAAGAACAUUCAUAACAGUGUCAUCAAGCAACGGAGGAAGUAAGACGUAAAUCGCGUUCGUGAUUCCACCGUAGAGUCAGCCAACUUUGUCAAUUUGUGUGCAGCGAAUUUAUUUCGCUAGUACCCCAGAAUAAGUGUACCAAGCGACCGUAACGAAUUUUUGUCGAAUCGAGAAGGUUCACAAAAUCAUAUUCGUGCAUUUUGUAAGCAGCAGUUCCUUUGCUGUCCGUCGCUAUCCCAUCGCCCUUGAGCGCUACCGUUUUGACAGCAAGCAGGCCGUGAGUGAGUGAGUGAGAGCGGGCAAGAUGAUUGCAAAGAUGAAUGUUGUGUUUGUGUUGGGCUUUGUGCUGAUGGCUUCCGCCUUUGCGACGGAUCUUAGCGCCAACGACUGCGAAAUUAACGUGGAGGAAUGUUCGGCGAGCUACUCGAGCUUCCAUUCGCCGUCCGGCCGUACGGUUGAGAACGAUCUGAAGCAGUACACCAGCCAGCUGGUCGACAAAUCGUUCCAUUUCCUGCUCAUGUCGUCCGCGUUCAACAAGCACAGCCUGGACCGGCCCGGGUUCGAGAAGCUGUACCGCAAGAUCAGCGACAAGGCCUGGGAAGAUGCGAUCGAUCUGAUCAAGUACCAGAGCCGCCGCGGUUCGUACGGCAACCUGGUGCAGCCGAACAAGGCAGAAAACUAUGGCAAGGUGCUGGACGUGCAGGAGCUAAGCUCGCUACAGUUUGCGCUGGAUUACGAGAAGACGAUGGCCAAGGAGGCGCACGCCAUUCAUCGCAAGAUUUCGCACGCCCACUCGAAGGCCGGUUCCAACGGAGGAGACGACGUUUACCACUACGAUCCCGACGCAGCCCACUACCUGGACGAGAAGAUCAUCGAGUACCAGUCGGGUGUGGUGCGCGAUCUGGCCGGCUACAUCCACAACCUGAAGCACUUCACCUCGGUGAAACAUGCAGCCAACGAUUUGGGUAAUCAUCUGUUCGAUGAGUACCUGGCACAGGCUUAACAAGCGUGCCGUUCUAGCUACGAGUCGGAUUAGAGUGGAGUAGCAGGAGUGAGCAAUAGAGGACACUCCCCCCCUCCCCACCCCGGCUUUCGACUUUUCGUUCAAUGUAUGUUUGCUGCUGCAGUAGUGCGCAGAGAAUUUGAAAUAAACAAAAAUUACAAAAUGUGAUCCACAAGUAUAAGGAAACACACAUUCCCUCUGUCUCAUUGUAGAAGGCGCGAAGAAGAAGAAGAAGAAGCAGGGGUGGUAAUUCCGACAUGUUUCUCAUAAUAAAAUGUGUGAUUUGUUUA